AGGUGAUAUACAGUGGCUCCUUGAGGCAUUGAUGAGGAUUAUCUACAAGUUCAGUCAUUCGUUUCGACAGUUGGCUGUGGUAUCAGCACUUGUCGCUCUUAUUCUCUGAUCCUUUCAAUUCGCAUCGUUGUCGCCCGACGCGUUAAUUUCACAUGGCUCACGAUCUCGCCCGACAGAUCGACUCAGAUGAUGUCACUUCCCAUUACAUGCCCGAGAACAGGCGUCAGCAUUCUUCCAGUACAGUAUCGAUAGCUUCCUCUAUUUCCAACGAUUCAGAAUCCAGCCAGACGGCACGACCACUCCUUCGAACAAGAAUCAGCAAUACCAUCAAACGCAGCUACAGCCUCUCCAAGCCUCUGGAGCUCUUUCAACGACUUCGUCUCCUUCUCCCAUUGAAUCCUGCAGCGCCCCCGAACACACCGACCACCUCGUCACCACCGCCUCCCCCGGCGCAACAAUCUCCCUCACGCACCGCCUCCUACGAUGGCCUUCGCGGCAUCGCCUGCCUCAUCGUCUUCAACUUCCACUUCCUCUACCCCUACACCAAAACCAUAACCCACGGCUUCGCCGUCGAACGCAACCCCAACGACCCAAUCUGGAACCACCCCCACCAACUCCCCGUCAUCUGUCUCCUCGUCCGCGGCCGAGCAAUGGUAACCCUCUUCUUCGCAAUAUCAGGCUACGUCCUCAGCUACAACUUUCUCGAAUCCACCCUCCACUCCAACGACGACCCAACAAAACGCUGGACAAGACUCUCCUCCCUGACGUUUCGCCGCUGGAUGCGUCUCUUCCUUCCAGCAACAAUCAGCAUGACAAUCGUCAUGUUCGCAUCUUUCAUCGGAGCUUUUGAUUCUGGACGAGAAUUCCAGAAAUCUAGUGAGUGGUUGACGGGUUGGUGGGAACAACAUCCCCCUCGAAUGGAGAAUUUCGGAGCACAGUUGCAAGAUUUUGCAAAGAUGUGGUGGGAUUGGCAAACUCCGUUCCAGUGGAGAUUGUAUUAUAGUUUGUAUGAUCCGCAUACGUGGACGAUUCCAGUGGAAUUUAGAGGGAGUUUGGUUUUGUUUGUGGUUUUGUUGGGUUCGGCGGGGUUGAAGCAGGGGUGGAGGAUGGGGGUAUUUGGGUUGGUGACGGGAUUUUGUUUUGCGAGUAAGAGGUGGGAUGCUGCAGCUUUUGUGGGUGGGGCGUUGGUUGCGGAUUUGCAUCUGUGGGAGGGAGGUGGUGAGGCUGGAGGGAAUGGUGGUGAGAUGGAUGAGAAGGAUUGCCUUCCUCGAUGGAAAGGGGAAGGGAAGGUUGCUGGCGUCUUUACACCACGAAUCACGAAGUACGUCCUCACGGCGAUCAAGACGAUGCUCCUCGUGGCAUCUCUCUGGAUAUUGUCCUUCCCUGACGACGAAGCAUGGAAGACUCCUGGCUUUUCCUGGCUCAACGACGUCACUCCAUCGCCCUACAAGACACAGGAUCUGCACCCUUACAAGUUCUGGCACGCUUUUGCCGCAGCGUUCGUCCUCUGGUCUAUUCAACGUCUCUCAUAUGUUCAGGGAUUCUUUUGCCUUUCUGUCCCUCAAUACCUAGGCAAGAUCUCCUACGCUUUCUAUCUUGUUCACGGACCACUUCUACAUGGAGCAGGAUUCGCAUUGCAACCUAGGCUUUUCGAAGCCCUCGGAGCUGCAGAUUCGACCGCAAAGUGGGUGGGAUGUUUGAUUCUUGGUUGGGUAACGAUGCUGACGCUGUCAAUCAUCGUGGCACAUUUGUUCUGGAUGGUUGUCGAUGUGCCCCUGGUCAAGUUUGCGAAGUGGAUGGAAAGAAAAGUGUCUCACUGAGGACAUCGUUGAGCGUGUUAUGGUGGAAAGCAGAGUCUGCAGCUCAGGUCGUGGAUGACGCCGACUUGAGCAAGGAGAGGCCACCUGAUGCCAAAGAGCUCGCGCAUCUGUGCUCAUACUUUGCUUCUGCUCUACACUGCUGUGGAUGCUGCUACAGCCGGCAACAGUCUACAUACAGUCUCAGUAGUGCACUAGUUCUCUUUGGGAUGAAACACGCGACCAACACAUCUGUAUACUAGUUACGAAACUGCAUCAACCUUUCAUGCUUUCACUACAGGCUCACAAGCGCUGAAUUCUGUCUUGGAGCUGGCAUGGUGGAUAUUGAAGCGACUAGUGAUGGUGAGUGAAGAAGCUGCAAUAGAUAGAGUACGUGAUCGAACAGGC